AUGGAGCUUCUGGGAGAGUUUGUGGGACGGGACGGCCAGCAGCAACGGAUUCGAGUAACUUGCGAGGGGCCGAGCGAAUCUGGUCGCUUCCAAGGACUGCUUUCCGGUUUGGCGCAGAUGAGAGAGCAGGUGACCGAGCUCCUCAAAACCGUGGAAGGAAAGGAGCCGCAAGACGCGGAGGUGGCUGGGGGCUCCACCUCAGGCUCUGAGGGUGAAGACGAUGAGGCUGAAGAUGAAGAAAAUAACACUCAUAGCAAAACUUACUCAACUGGACCACCUGCAAAACGGAUAAAACCCUUAAAUUUUGACAAUAGUCUUGAAUGUAGUUUUGGAGUAAAAAACCUUGGCUAAAUUGUCAUAUAAAUAUUUAGUAUAUAUUGACAUCUUGCAAAAAAUUGUACUCUAUUUUGGAAAUGCAUCUGUUUUUACCUUCUUGGAUACUCUGUCAAAGGAAAAUGUUUCUUUUGUGUAUUGCCAACAACAACAAAAAAGAUAUUACCCAUAUUUGGAAAUAAAAGCAGUCCCUCUUGGGUGAGGAUAUCAUUCAA